CCCAAGCAACAUUUGUUAGUUUAUCUUGGUCCAUAUAUAUACUUGUUAAAGUACCUAUAAUAAUAAACUUACUCAUAGGACCAUUAUAAUUUCUAGCUAAAUAUAUAUCAUAGUCUUUGGACCAUUUUUUCAAGAGAAGAGAGAAAAACAUGGCUGAAAAACUACACAUGGCAGUUGGAAUCAUGGGAAAUGCUGCUUCUUUGCUCCUUUUUGCUGCCCCAAUAUUAACAUUCUUAAGGGUGAUAAAGAAGAGAAGCACAGAAGAGUUUUCAUGUGUUCCUUACAUUAUUUCACUCUCAAACUGUCUUCUUUACACUUGGUACGGAUUCCCUAUAGUAAGUAACAAAUGGGAAAAUUUCCCAUUAGUGACAAUCAAUGGCCUUGGGAUUCUUUUUGAGUUGUCCUUCAUUUUCAUAUAUUUCUGGUUUGCAUCCUCUAACAGAAAGAUAAAAGUAGCUGUUGGAACUAUUUGUGUUAUCACAGCCUUCUGCAUAAUUGCUCUUGUCUCAUCAUUUGUAUUCCAUGAUCAUCACCAUCGGAAGAUUUUUGUGGGCACUGUAGGCCUCUUCGUUGCCACAGCUAUGUAUGGCUCUCCAUUAGUUGUUGUGAAGCAAGUAAUUUCAACAAAGAGUGUUGAGUUCAUGCCUUUCUAUCUCUCCUUUUUCUCUUUCCUUGCUAGUUCACUUUGGUUGGCUUAUGGCUUACUUAGCCAUGAUCUCUUUCUUUCAACACCAAAUAUGCUUGGUUGUCCAUUAGGCUUUCUUCAACUUGUGCUAUAUUGCAUAUAUAGGAAGAAUAAGGGAGUGAUUGAAGAACCAUUGAAAUGGGAUAUUGAGAAGAAUGAUAAUGACAAAACCAAACAGCUUCAACCAGCUCUGAAUAAUGAUGAGAUGAUCACUACUAUCAAUGGAAAAUGUUAAUUAGAGCAUAAAAAAUAAAAAAUAAUUCUAUAUAUUAAUUAAGCAUUAUUUAGAAUAUAUUUCCUUCUGUUUUAGUGUCUUGUAUUUGAAUCAAAUGAAUAUUCCUGUGAAAUCGUGGGAAGUUUAUUAGCUAUACGAUUAAUGGGAUAAAUGUUUUGGGUUAA